GUGCACUUGAGGCAACCAUAGAUCCAAAUGGAAAAAGGAAUAGAAGUAUGGGCAGAGAACUGGAUAGGAUAAGUAGAGAUUUAUGCACUAACAUCCUCAUACACAUUGCUGAAGGAAAGAUACGGCCAGAAGCACCUAUGCAAGCUGCCAAACUUGCAUCAGAGGGCGGGAUUAUACUUAGGCAGCAAAUGCCGAUCCUCCGGCAUUGGAAAGAGUACAAGAAGGAUAAGUCAAUUGUUACAAACUAUAUUGGCAAAGUUGCUGCCCAAUUCACCAUGGACACCAACAAUAAUGCAAUCAAAGCCGCAUGUGCCGAUUUGCUCAAGGGUGGACAACGACAAAUGAGGUACCAGCUGAAAAAAAAUAUUUCAAUGGGAUACCAGCAAAUCAAGUGAGGACCACAUCGCCAGUUAAACAUAUGACAGACGAUCAAUGGAAAGCAUUGGUGGAGAUGUGGUCAGACGCAAAGCACAAGGAAAAGUGUACCAAAAACCAACUAAAUCGAGAGAAUGUCCGGUUACAUCAGCGCACUGGAUCUCGAUGCUACAUUGCACAGGCACAUGUUGUGAAGAAAGAUAUAUUCAAAGAUGUAGAGCCCACCUCAAUUGAUCUAUUCAAGAACUUCCAUUGUAGCAAAAAUAAUGGAUUUACCGAGUCUGUACAGAAAGCAAUUGAUGAUAUGGAAGGCAUUAUGAGUGAACCAGUACAAGAUGGACAGGAACCAAAGUCAGCAAAAGAAGCUGUUUCUCAGGUUGUCAAAUCAACUACUUUUCUUCGUGUUGCAGGUGUUUGUUCAGCCUCCAAGAGUACCUCUAGAGGUGCAAUAUCAUCACAGGUCCACGAUCUUCAGGUUGAGCUUGAGAAUGAGAAGCAAGAAAAAGGAGAACUUCGACAAGAGUUGGAUAAUUUGAAGAUGGAAUCAGAAACUUCAAGGGUAAAACAUUCUGAGGAAAUAGAGGGUUUAAAGAAGACAUCACAAGAAAUGCAUGGUCUCCUUCGCCAACUAUUGAGCUUCAACCAGGGUCAACACAAUCCAGGGUCAUAAAGUUACUAAGCCCCCAACAGUGAACUAUUGUAGGAUGUUUCUGUUCUGAAAUUUGGUUUUUAGUUGAACUAUGUCUAGUUUUAUCAAUAGUUGGUUGCUAGUUGUUUACAUGUACAACUAAGUAGGUCCAAGUUUGUUGACUUUUGUUACUGGUAGCUCCAAGUUGUGUUGAACAUUGUUGCUUCUUAUAAGACGUAUUGUGACCUAUGAAUUAGAAAUUGUGUUUGCUAUAAUUUUGGUCUUUUGAUAUGUAAAUUUUGUGAAAUAA